AUGAAACUCUUAGAAAGUGGACGCCUGGAGGCGCUGAGCAGUGCCCUGUCUAUUCUGAAUGGAGACAGUGCAGUACAAGGCCGAGUAGAAAGCUACAGCUGCAAGAUGGCUGGAGGUGAGAAAGCUUUCUACAAAAGGUUCACUGCGGACGGGGAAACCUCUAAUAAUCUCCAGGCUUUAUCGCCUCCCGAGUGUGUGUCUUAUAGUCGGAGUCUGUCAGGUGACGAGGAGGGUAUACUCUGCGACACCAUCUCUCGGAAGACAUUAUUUUAUCUCAUUGCUACAUUGAAUGCUGCUUUCCCCGAUUAUGACUUUUCUAUGGCCAAGAGCAGUGAAUUCAGUGCCGAGCCGUCCCUAACGUGGGUGCAAGGUGCUGUAGAUGCAGCAUUAUCUGCUGUGGGAGGAGCAAGAUGGAGGCAGUUGAAACCUGCCUUGUGGGCAGCAAUCGAGGAAGAAGUGGUGCUCUCCGAGUGCAACAUAUACAGUUAUAACCCAGACCUAGCGACUGACCCUUACGGUGAACCAGGCUGUCUGUGGACAUUCAAUUAUUUCUUUUACAAUAUAAAGCUGAAGAGAAUAGUUUUUCUGACUUGCAGAGCGAUGAGCCCCGUUUGUGCCGAUUCUGGUGUGGACUUUGCUAUGGAUGAAGACGAGGAAUACAAUUGA